CCUCAGAUAGAACUUUCUCGGUAGUCUUCAGAGGGACCUUGCUGCUUCGAGAAACCCGUCCCCGUUCACCGUACGUCAUCAAACGGACCCUUUAAAGCGUCCGUAGCGGCUGUAAUGGCACAAUAUUCGGGAGCGAAGCAAUAUCAGAGUAUGAAAACACUAUCUCCAGUCGAAACGAUGGCAACUAACGAUCCUCUACCGCCUGGGUGGGAGAUCAAAAUCGACCCGCAGACAGGUUGGCCGUUUUUUGUGGAUCACAACAAUCGCACAACGACGUGGAACGAUCCGAGGCACGACACGAAAAAGGUUUUUUUAAAUGGCCCCUCUAUAGCCCCUGAGUCACCUCAGGACGUGCACAAAUCCUAUAUUCAAGAGAUGAGGCAACCAAUGCUACGCCAGGGCUACAUCCCGAUCCCAGUCUCCCAUGAAAACACUGAACCCAGGCUGCAGCAGUAUCCGAGUUUCUCAUACAUCCAUCCAGUAGUGCCGCAAUUGAGAACAGAUGGACGUACACCUUCCCCAACCCCAACAGCACAUUGUCGGCCUAGAUCUCCAGUGCAGUCCCCAUCAGAGGCUUGUUUUGUCUUGUUCACCUGCUUCACACGGCCUGAGGUAAACCAUUAG